AUGGCAAGAAUUGGACCGUUGAUUUGGUUUUGGUCUCUAAUUAUUCUACCAUUCACUGCAAUUCUCACAUUUAUCACAACUUUGAUCGUAUGCAUCAAUGUUCCAAAUAAUGCACCAAAAGGCGAAAAAUAUCCUCAAAUCUCUCAACUUGGAACAGGAGAAGCGUAUUAUUAUUUCGUUGGUGGAUUUACACUCUUAGCACCUCAAUUCUUGAUUAUUACCAUCGGCAGACUCCAAUUUCUCUUCCAAUCACAAUAUCUUAUUCAUCGAGCCAUCGUAUUCGUCGUCCACUCUCUGGCAUUACUCGCCUGUAUCUUCAUGCUUCUCAUGGCAGCUUUUAGUAUAGAAAGUUACGUUACAAUACAUCUAACAGGCGCAUUCGGAAUGUUUGGUCUUAUUUCUUUGUAUUGUUUUUUUCAAACAAUGCUUGUUUUAUAUCUAUUUAUUCAACGAUCGAAUGCUCCACAACACUCGAAUGUGAUUUGGCCAAUCUGGUUUUUCAUCUGCAGCUUGAUACUUAUUGCCGCGUUUGCUUAUUGGUUAAUAAGCAAAGAAGGAAUUCCGGAGUAUAUUGCUGCGGCGUCACCGUUUCUUUAUCUUCUUGGCUUCGUACCACAGUUUUGGAUGCAAGCAAGGGCAAAAAAACGCGAUUCUCUUCUGCCAGAAAUAAUGAGAUAUAACAGUGAAACAGAUGUUUAA